AUGGCUAAGAAUAACGCGGCAAAAAGAUGGGUAUUUACGUUGAACAAUUACACGGAGAAGGAUGUUGAUAACAUAAAGGAAAGAGUUACUGAGAGUAGUUGUACAUUCGCCAUUGUGGGAAAGGAGAAAGGAAAGGAAGGAACGAUGCACCUACAGGGAUACAUUAAUCUGAAAAGAAAAAUUCGCAUGAACCAGAUUAAGCAGAUGAUAUCGAAUAGAGCGCACGUUGAACCUGCAAGAGGCAGUGAUUGUGACAAUGAUAAGUACUGCGGCAAGGAAGGGGAUGUAAUUGUUCGGAUUGGAAAGGCACAAGAAGGAGUGACAGAAAAAGGAGGGGGUGCGGCGAGCUGCAAAAAGGCGCGAAUGGUAGCGGAAGAGUUUGCUAAUGGCAAAAACAUUUUAGACAUAUCCCGUGACGAUGAAAUGUGGGCAGCUUUCUGUUAUAAAGGAAUUAGCCGAUGUACAGGUACAGUCCAAUUUGAAAGACAGAGCAAGAGAGAAGUUGAAUGA